AUGACUUCAAAGAACGAUUCGACCAUGGACGCAAUUCCCCUGGCAGACGAUGAGACAACGGCGGAGAUAACCGAGGCGGACAUUCUCAAACUAAGUCUCGGCAGCGGCAACAAGACCAGAGCUGCAGCUGCAGUCACCGCUGUUCGCAGCUCAGGAUCUCCGAACCAGGCAAUGUCAAGCACUGAAUCAAUUCCCUACGGUGGUGCCGUCUCCACUAGCUCCUCUUCGCCGGCACAACCAAAUUCCCUUGACAUUGACAUUAAUCCGGAUGAGGCUGAGGAGAAAGAUCGUCUUAUUAGUCAAGUUUUGGAGUUGCAAAAUACUCUUGACGAAUUGUCUUUGCGCGUCGACAGCGUCAAAGAGGAGAAUCUCAAAUUGAAAUCUGAAAACCAAGUAUUAGGGCAGUACAUUGAAAACCUGAUGUCAGCUAGUUCUGUCUUUCAAUCAACCUCACCAAAGGUAACCUCUAAAACCGCUUCACCGCAACCCGACUCAAACAGCUCUAAAACACCUGAUUCAAAAGCAGCCUCCUCAAAUGCUGCCGUCACUUCGACAAACUCAGUGAUUAUUUAG